AUGGAGACAAGGAUAGUAAAAGUCCCGAGCAAGGGCUCCCUAGGCCAGUUUCGACCUGGCCAUGGACUCGCAAAGUUGAAUCACUGGGAGGUUCAAUGUGAAAACAAACCCGCUCUUGAGGCUCUGCAAGAUGCUGCUCACCUGCUACGGACCAAGGACACGCCUGUCGCAUUCCCGACAGAGACUGUAUAUGGCCUUGGUGCAGAUGCUACUCGGACUCCCUCAGUUAAAGGAAUCUAUUCGGCAAAGGGACGGCCUUCAGACAACCCUCUCAUUUCACAUGUUUGCGACCUGGAAAUGCUGCGACAGUAUAUCGGCCACAGUGAUACAACUGAUCCUAUACCUCAGCGAUACAGGGCUUUGAUAGAGCGUUUCUGGCCUGGACCCCUGACUAUUCUUCUACCUAACCCGGCCCCGUCGAAACUAGCACCUGAGGUGACAGCAGGCCUCAAAACCUUUGGCGUGCGAAUGCCUUCUUCAACCCUCGCCUUGUCUCUUAUCAAGCUAGCUGGUGUACCCCUGGCGGCACCAUCCGCCAACGCUUCCACCAAACCUUCACCCACAGCGGCACAACAUGUAAUGGACGACCUCAACGGAAAGAUCGAGCUCAUUUUGGACGGUGGACACUGUCAAGUGGGUGUGGAGAGUACUGUUGUGGAUGGGCUGUGUGACCCCCCCGUCGUCCUUCGUCCAGGAGGUAUCGGUAUAGAUGAGCUACGAAGCUGCCCUGGCUGGGAGAAUGUAUCAAUAGCUUAUAAAGACAAGAGCGAAGAGGGAAAGGCUGCACCUCGGGCUCCAGGGAUGAAGUACAAGCACUACAGUCCAAAGGCAACAGUAGUGCUUUAUGAGUCGAGUUUCGGAGAAGGGGUCAGUGGAAUAGCUUCUUUCGACUUGAAGGCGACCAAUGGGGCGGUCAACGGCCAUGCUAGCAACGAUGAGCGGAAGGGUAGGGUUGUUGGGGUUAUUCGCACCCAGCGAUGGAAGUCGGGGGCUGGUCUGCGAUGCGCCAGCUUUCACCAUCUCACUGACGUACAAGGAGCGGAUGAGGAUGACUCGCCAUUCCAAGUAUACGAAGGCGAUCUGUUGGACGAAAAGGAGCAGCCAAUAGGAAAGAUCUUGGAUAUCGAUCUGGGCAGAGGCACUGAAGGAAUCGCGAGAGGUCUUUUCGCAGCGCUCCGGGAGUUUGAUCGACGAGGCGCAGACACCAUCUUUGUUGAUGGUAUAGAAGAUAGAAGUGAUAUCGCAGCGGCGGUCAUGAACCGGCUCCGCAAAGCGGCUUCAGAGACUAGAGCAUGA